AUGUGUUCUAUUGUCAAGGGUCGAACCAGCUUCGCGUGGGAUAACAUAUUCCAAGGCAUUCGUCCAAACAAGAUUGUAGCGGGGUUUGUCUCCUCCAAGGCCACGGGGAUUGGUAACUACCAGAAGAAUCCUUAUAACUUUGCCAACUGGGACUUAUCACAGAUAGUGUUGUUCUGCGACGGCACCAUCGUUGGUGAGUCAGGUCCCAUGAAACUGCGCUUUGGAGCGGCAACAGGUCGAAGCUACAUCCCAGCCUACGUCAAUCUAUUCCGCUCUAAUGCAUGUUGGAUGAUGGGAGAUGGAGAAAGUGUUAAUCGGGUGGACAUUUCUCGGGAUGAGUUCCAUGGUGGGUAUGGAUUGUACGUCUUUUCAUUGGAUCCGGUGUUCGGUCAGAACAAUGAUGGAACAUAUCUACGCCUUCAAAAACAAGGAACUCUUAGACUUGAAGCGCAGUUUGCAACACCGCUUCCCGAGACAGUAUCGUGUGUGGUUUAUGGAGAAUUCGACGACAUUUUUCAAAUAGAGAAAAGCAGGAACGUUGUCCUAUAA